UUUUAUGUUUUUUGGUUUUUUUUUUUUUCUUUCAUUUCAUUUUCAGGACUUUGUAUGAUUUUGUUGGGUGAGUUUUGUUGUAUUCAAUUACUCCUUUUUUUCGUUUUUGUGCCGUUUCCGCUUUCCGCUCUUCUUUCUUCCUUUUGCUGAAACAUGCCUGCUGCAGCGACCACGAAUCGCCGCGCUGCUGGCUCGACGAGCAACGGCGGCAGUGGCAGUAACGCCAGCAAGGGCCUGUGGACGCGCGUGUGCGAGUCGGGCAUCCCGGGCGUCUUCUUUGGCCUCGUCUUUCUGAUUUCGGGGCUGGCCGUGAACGUGCUCCAGCUCGCGUCGCUGCUGCUGUGGCCGGUGUCGCCGCUGCUCUACCGCCGCUUCAACCACACAAUCAUCCAGAUCCACUGGUCCGAGAUGAUCUGGGUUGCCGAGUGGUGGGCCGGCAUCAAGGUCGUCCUCUCCAGCUCGUCCCGCAAGGCGCUCGAGGCCUCCAUCGGUGUCGACCAGGGCGUUGCGCUGUGCAACCACCGCUCGGACGUCGACUGGCUCUUUGGCCUCGUGCUGGCCGAAAAGUACAACUGCCUCGGCGGCGCCAAGGCCUACAUGAAGGGCAACACAAAGUUCCUCCCAAUCCUCGGCUGGUCGUGGUGGUUUUUGGAGUUUGUCUUCCUCUCCCGCGCGUGGGACAAGGACCAGUCCAAGCUCGCAAGCGCCUGCAAGUCACUCGACGGCUUCCCCCUGCCGUUCUGGAUGGUCAUCUUUGCGGAAGGCACGCGGUACACGGAGGAGAAGCACCGCGCCAGCCAGGAGUUUGCCCGCGCAAACAACUUGCCCGUGCUCCGACACUUGCUCGUCCCGCGCACCAAGGGCUUUGCGUACACGGCCAUGGGGCUUCGGGAUGUCGUCACCAAGGUCUACGACGUCACCUUUGCCUUCCCGGAGGGCCGCGAGCCGAACGUGGGCUCGAUGCUCCAGGGCAAGUCGGGCGAAGUCCACAUGAACAUUGAAAUCCACAACAUCAAGGACCUCCCGCAAGAUGCCGACGCCAUCCAGCAGUGGUGCCGCGACCUCUACAGCCGAAAGGACGAUCUGCUCGAGUACCACAAGCAAAACCAGCACUUCCCCGGCGAGUCGUGGGAGAUCAAGCGCCACCUCUUCCCCCUCGUGACCAUGGCCUCUUGGUGCACCCUCAUCUCUGGCCUCUUCCUUCGCUACAUUUACCGCGCCGUGCAAGCCGGUGAACACUGGACGGUCGCCUCCAUCUUUGCCUUCCUCUUGAUUCUCGGCUACAUUGUCAAGUUCCUCGUCGACUUUAGCAAGGCCAACAAGAAGAAGAAGCAGCACGCCAAGAAAGAGGAUUAGACGCGGGGUCACGGUCGUUUCCGUAGUCUCGGGCGUUCCACCGGCUCUGGUUUUUUGGGAAAGUGUUGUUGUUUGGCUGCUGGCUGGAGAUUUUGUCGUCGCUGGCGGUGUUCCGUCGCCGUGUGUGUUCGUGUGUGUGUUCGUGUGCGUGUUUUUGUUUUGUGCUCGUUUUACGAAAUGAAGCUUGAAGCUCUUUUUUCG